CCCUCCUUCCCGGGCGCCCCCCUGCGUGUUACAUAACGGGUCGCGGGGCGCGCUCUCGCGAGGUUUCCACCCCCCUCCUCGUUCCACGUCAGAAGGAACCGGGCGGAGCGGCCAACAUGGCGGAACGCAGGCGACACAAGAAGCGGAUCCAGGAAGUUGGUGAACCAUCUAAAGAAGAGAAGGCUGUAGCUAAGUAUCUUCGAUUCAACUGUCCAACAAAGUCCACAAAUAUGAUGGGUCACCGGGUUGAUUAUUUUAUCGCUUCAAAAGCAGUGGAUUGCCUUUUGGAUUCAAAGUGGGCAAAGGCCAAGAAAGGAGAGGAAGCUUUAUUUACAACCAGGGAGUCUGUGGUUGACUACUGCAACAGGCUUUUAAAGAAACAAUUUUUUCACCGGGCACUAAAAGUAAUGAAAAUGAAGUAUGAUAAAGACAUAAAGAAAGAAAAAGAUAAAGGAAAACCUGAAAGUGGAAAAGAAGAUGAUAAAAAGAGCAAGAAAGAAAAUAUAAAGGAUGAAAAGACAAAAAAGGAAAAAGAGAAAAAAAAAGAUGGUGAAAAAGAAGAAUCCAAAAAGGAGGAAACUCCAGGAACUCCCAAAAAGAAGGAAACUAAGAAAAAAUUCAAACUUGAGCCACAUGAUGAUCAAGUUUUUCUGGAUGGAAAUGAGGUUUAUGUGUGGAUCUAUGACCCAGUUCACUUUAAAACAUUUGUCAUGGGAUUAAUUCUUGUGAUUGCAGUGAUAGCAGCCACCCUGUUCCCUCUUUGGCCAGCAGAAAUGAGAGUAGGUGUUUAUUACCUCAGUGUGGGCGCAGGCUGUUUUGUAGCCAGUAUUCUUCUCCUUGCUGUUGCUCGUUGCAUUUUAUUUCUCAUCAUUUGGCUUAUAACUGGAGGAAGGCACCACUUUUGGUUCUUGCCAAAUCUGACUGCUGACGUGGGCUUCAUUGACUCCUUCAGGCCUCUGUACACACAUGAAUACAAAGGACCAAAAGCAGACUUAAAGAAAGAUGAGAAAUCGGAAACCAAAAAGCAGCAGAAGUCCGACAGUGAGGAAAAGUCAGACAGUGAGAAAAAGGAAGACGAUGAGGGAAAAGUAGGACCAGGAAAUCAUGGGACAGAAGGCUCAGGUGGAGAACGGCAUUCAGACACAGACAGUGACAGGAGGGAAGACGACCGAUCCCAACACAGUAGUGGAAAUGGGAAUGAUUUUGAAAUGAUCACAAAAGAGGAACUGGAACAGCAAACAGAUGGGGAUUGUGAAGAAGAAGAAGACAAUGAUGAAGAAACACCUAAAUCUUCACAUGAAAAAUCAUAAUCUGACUAAUUUGGGGACUGAAUAAGUACAAGAGAUUGCGGUUGGAUUUUCUAUGUUGGCCAAUCAUCAUAAUGUACACAUGGCAUUUGUAGCAUUCUUUAAAUCUAUUUACUGAAAUGUAUUUGAUAUCCAAGCAAUUAUAUUCAGUUCUUCAUUUUAUAGAAUACUGGUACUAUUAUUGGUACAGUUUAAAGCCAUUGAUAAGUUUUAUCCAUUUGAUAAUUUUACAGUAAGUAGGUCCCAUUCAUUUUGAUAGUUAUCAAAGAUGCACUUUACACAAUGUGACAUCUAGAUUAACAGCAUUUUUGAUAAUUUUAUGGCUUUUUACUUUUAGACUAAUCAAAAUAACUUUGAAAGGAAUAAGGAAACUCCAGUAUUUCAGAUUUUGUGUAGUUAUGUAGCCAUUUCACAGUUUCUUUAAGAUGAAAUUCUUAAACUCAUUGUUCUUGAUAGUUACUUUUGUUUUUCAUUGUAAAAUUAUACCAGGAAAUUUCUUUUAAGAUUCUGAGUUAGCAGGGUUCAAAAGCAUUUUGUGGAAACAAGCCAACUAGUAACAAUGCAGCAACACUUUUAGUUUAGCUACAAAUUCUCCUUUUCCAACUUAGGAAAUCCAAACUGAUUUAUACAUCUGAUUUACAGGAAAAUGGUCAUCUCCAGCAGAGAAAGUGAACAGUGUUGGUUGGAAGGCAAUGGCUCUUUCUUCUUCUCCAUUUCCUUGUCAUAACGUAAAGUGUAUUCUGUACAUAAUUUACAAAUAAAAUGAACAUUUUAUUUUAAUUGUUACUUAUUAUUUAGACAUUUCUCAACACUUAAAUUUGUAAAAUUCAGACCAUGUAAGGGUAUGUUUUUAGAGAAAUGAUGGAAGUUUCAAUAACCCACAGGACAUCUGUGAUCUUUCUACAGCAGCUUCAGUUUUGUGCCAACAUUCCGUGUAUUUGAAUAUAAGUAAAAACUGAUCCUUAUUAAAUAAGAGCAGACUUAAAGUAGCUGUUUGUACGCCUUAAUAUUCAUUUUGAUUUAUUUUAAAUCUUCACAUUCAGAGAUGGGUUGCCAUAUUAUCAGAACAGGAGACACUGCUGUGGAAGAUAAUUUACUGUUCUAAAAUAUCAAUUUAAAAUAAAGAAUAUGAAAGAAAACGUAAGAGAAA